UGCAAAGCGGAAUGAUGGAUCUUCUCAUUGGCAAAGCAUUGUAAUUUGUCCAUCUCUGCAAUGAGGAUUAUUAGCAUUUGCUCUCUCGUAGCUUUCACAGCAGGAAUGCUUCAAGGCACUGGUGCAGCGCAAGGAAAAUAUGCCCAGAUGCUGUUCAAUGAGCUGUUUGAAGACUACUCCAAUGCUCUCCGGCCUGUUGAAGACACAGAUAUGGUGCUGAAUGUUACCCUUCAGAUCACACUUUCCCAAAUUAAAGAUAUGGACGAAAGAAACCAAAUUUUGACAGUCUACCUCUGGAUUCGCCAGACGUGGUACGAUGCCUAUCUGAAGUGGGACAAAGACAGAUACGAUGGGUUAGAUUCCAUCCGGAUCCCUAGCAACCUGGUAUGGAGACCAGACAUUGUACUCUACAACAAGGCUGAUGACGAUUUUUCGGAACCGGUAAACACCAAUAUCGUCUUGAGGUACGAUGGGAAGAUCACUUGGGAUGCACCAGCCAUCACAAAAAGCUCUUGCGUGGUGGACGUAUCCUACUUCCCUUUCGAUAGCCAGCAGUGCAAUCUGACUUUCGGUUCUUGGACCUACAAUGGGAAUCAAGUGGACAUCUUCAGCACGUUAGACUCUGGCGACCUCUCGGACCUCAUCGAAGAUGUGGAGUGGGAAAUCCAUGGCAUGCCAGCUGUUAAGAACGUGAUUACUUAUGGUUGUUGUUCCGAGCCUUACCCAGAUGUUACCUUCACUCUCAUCUUGAAAAGGAAGUCCUCUUUCUAUAUAUUUAACCUGCUGCUUCCUUGUCUCCUGAUAUCAUUCCUGGCUCCACUGGGAUUCUACCUUCCUGCAGACUCUGGAGAAAAAGUAUCUCUCGGAGUUACGGUGCUGCUUUCUCUAACUGUCUUUCAGCUCAUGGUUGCCGAAAGCAUGCCGCCUUCUGACAACGUGCCCUUGAUAGGGAAAUAUUACAUCGUGACGAUGACAAUGAUUACUGCAUCGACGGCGCUGACUAUCAUUAUAAUGAAUAUUCAUUACUGUGGCUCCGGAGCCAAGCCCGUUCCGCAGUGGGCAAGGGUGAUCAUCCUGGACUACAUGUCCAAGAUCUUCUUUGUGUACGAUGUGGGUGAAAAUUGUACCAGCUUGCAGUGUGCGAAAGAGCAGGACGCAGAGUCACCACCAGCCCACCCAAGUCCAACAGAGCAUGGCGAGUAUGAAGAAAGGAAGAAGACCCUUCCUAAUGGGGACAGCAUGGACAGGGACUCCCAGAGGAAGCCGAUGGAUGAAGAGAAUGAGGCGAAUGGGCUCGGGAUACGGGACCCGGUGAGCUGCUGCUCUUGUUACCGAGCAUUAAUCCAGAAUAUUGAAUAUAUCGCCGAUUGCGUGAGGCGCCACAAAGCUAACCACGCCAAAGGCAUCGAAUGGAAAAAAGUCGCAAAAGUGAUGGACCGUUUUUUCAUGUGGAUCUUUUUCAUUAUGGUCUUCUUCAUGAGCGUUUUGGUUAUCGGGAAAGCUUUCUAAGGAGAAAGAAAGAAAGAGAAAGAAGAAAGAAAGAAGAAAGAAAGAAAGAAAGAAAGAAAGAAAGAAAGAAAGAAAGAAAGAAAGAAAGAAAGAAAGAAAGAAAGAAAGAAAGA